GCAUACAAACGAAUUUGGAACAUAGCACUUUUCAUUUGCAAAAAGUCGUAAAUCAUUAGGUAUUCCUAUUCUAUCAGCAUCGCCCAGUCUUAAAUAGGCAAUCGAAGCAAACAGUUAGCAUUCUUUUCUGUGCACACAUCAUUUGUUGAAUAAUUGUUGUUUUUUGUCUGCAUUUCACGUCGACUAAUUAAACAUUUCAUCGUCAAGCAUUUUUGUUUUCAAUAUAUUCGAUUUAAUUUGGCAUUGUUUUGAUUGAUACUCAGCGAAUAAAAAAAAACUUGUCGCGACAAAAUGAGUCCAUUAGCACCGCAAGUAAGCAGUACACUCGCAUUGUUGAACGGCUCCAAAAAUGAAGAACCAAAAAUAAUCGAUACCGAGAAACAUGUAUACUCAGUGACUGAUUUGAUUGAGAUGCGUCACGAUCGAAGCCAAGCACCGAAUUUAAAUAACAGCAAUUUGCUUGCAUUAAUCACCCGUGGCGAGCCCGGUGCGCCGAAAUCGAAAUUUACCAACAUGAUCAGUUUCAAUCAUCGGCCAAUAGUACGGCAUCACAAUGGUAGCUUCAUGAGCAACGGUAGCAGCUUUAACGGCGAACGCCAACGGCAUUCAAUUCGAGACAGAGGUCAUACCAAUGGUACGCACAACGGUGUUCAUAUUCGUAUGUCCAUUAAAAGCGAUGUAAAGCUCAAGGAAGCGGAAAAUGCAUGGAAACCAUCAUUUUUGCAGAAAAAUGAUAAAAAUGAUGAUGGUGAAGCAGAAGAACUGUACAAACAAGCACGUUCGAUUCUAAAUAAAUUGACGGCACAAAAUUUCGGCAUUUUGUCAGAGCAAUUUCAAAGCUUGAAAAUCGACACAAAGGAAAAGUUGGUCGGUGUUAUUAAUUUAGUGUUUAACAAAGCAGUUAAUGAGCCGAGUUUUUCGGAAGGAUACGCUAAAUUGAGCCAAUAUUUAUCGCAUUGUUCACAACAAAUCGAUUCAUCGUUGACAGAACGUGCAUAUUUCAAACGUACGCUUAUUAACAAAUGCCAAGUCGAAUUUGAACAGCAUGUGGCCAAUAAAAAUACAACCGAAGCGGCCCUUGCACCACUCAUGGCAAAAAUGAAGGUAUGCCAAGAACAAAACGAUCAAAAUGGCAUCAAAGAAAUCAAAACUCAAAUCACAGAAGAGGAAUCAGCUUUGCGACGACGUUUGGUUAGUACAGUACGUUUUAUCGGUGAAUUGUAUAAGCUGGAUAUGUUGACAACAAACAUUAUGAACGUGUGCAUCCAUGCCUUGAUUCGUGAGGCAGCACCGAAUCAAUCGAACACAUCACAAGCCAAUGAGAAGUUGGAAUGUGUCUGCAAAUUGUUGACAACGGUUGGCGGUAAACUUGAACAGAGGUCUGCCGAUAAUGUACAAAAUUUGGAUCUCACCGUCUAUAUGAACCAACUGAAACGUAUUGCCGACAACAAAAUUCGCAAUUUCAAAACUACCACUCGUAUCAGAUUCAUGAUCAUGGACGUCAUCGAACUACGUAACAACCAGUGGAAGCCGAAGAAAACCAUCGCACAGAUAAGUCAAUGAAAACGGCACAGCUACAAAUGCCAUUGGACGAUGGUAUUCGAAUUGAAUUCCUAAUUUACCCCAUUAAGAUUUAUUUUGUUUUUACUAUUUCGAAAACAUUUUCCACAUAAGCUAGCAAACAAAAAGUAAGAAAAAACUUGUAUACUAAUAUUGAAUGUACAAAAAACCUUCCAGUUCGAAUUGUGUUAAUGUUUCCCUUUUAUUUUAUUUCUAUUGAUAUAAUAUAUGUUAGUUGGUUCUUGGUAUUUUUUUAUUUGCAAAAAUAGUAGUUUCUAUCACAUUUUGUAAAAAGUGUUCAUGUGUCCUUGAAUCGUAUACGCAGAAAAUAGACGUUAUUAAAUAUAUUACAUGAAAGGAACAAAACACAUGAGUGGUGUUGAUUUUUUUCAUGAAAAUUUAUUGCGACAACGCAUUCCGAUGUCGAUUUGUUAUUUUAUUAAUUUUGAAAACGUCGAACAAUAAAGAAGGAAAUGUAAUUAUUUAGACUCAAUUGAUAAAUGUCGUUGACAUUGUAAUUUCAUAAAGAAAAUUCGAAACAAUUCCAGCAUAUAUUUGUUUUGUAGAUAUUUUUACAUUCAAAUGUUGCUUAAAAAAUGAGACGAGAUUUUUAUUGAAUUACAUUCUGUACAUAUCAUAUCUGAUUGAUAUUGAUGACAUUUCCAAAUACAUAGAAAUUUAUUAUUCUCAAUUAAAAUAGAGAAUACAUAGUUUUUCAUAAAAUAAAAAAGGUGUACAAUAUAAAAUCCAUUUUGCUCAUAAAUAAUAAAUCGUUAAUUUAAUCGAACU